AUAAAAAAUUUUGAAAUAAAUAAAAUGUGUUGAUUAUUAGAAAUUAAUAUGAAAUAAUUAUCAUCGUUAACAAAUAUAAUUUUUUCUUAGUGGUGAUAAUAAAUUAUGAUAUCACGACAAAUAAACAUGGCGCUUAUUUGAUACUGGAGUCUUUAGUUGGAAUAAGCCGCAACUGUUGUCUCAAUUCGUAUCAAAUUAGCAAUUUUAUUUUUUGAAUUUAUUCAUAUAUCAUUUAAUUAUAUCCAUACUAUUUACGAUACAGUGAAUGUAUCGUUUUUAUUUCGAAUCAUUUUCACGAGAAAACACUUGAUAAACCUGAACGUCAUACAUGUCAAAAUGGCCCGGGAAUAUGAUCAUUUAUUUAAGCUUCUAAUAAUAGGAGAUAGUGGUGUAGGUAAAAGUUCACUACUAUUACGAUUUGCUGACAAUACUUUUAAUGGCAGUUAUAUAACGACAAUAGGAGUGGAUUUUAAAAUUCAAACUGUGGAUGUAGAUGGUGAGAGAGUAAAACUCCAAAUUUGGGAUACAGCUGGACAAGAACGUUUUCGGACAAUAACUUCAACUUACUACAGGGGAACACACGGUGUUAUAGUUGUGUAUGAUGUGACCAGUGGUGAUUCUUUUGCUAAUGUUAAAAGAUGGUUACAUGAAAUCGAACAAAAUUGUGAUGUGGUCAACAGGGUACUUGUAGGGAAUAAGAAUGAUGCACCUAAUGAAAAGGUGGUAUUAACAGAAGAUGCACAAAGAUUUGCAAAUCAAAUGGGAAUUCAGUUAUUUGAAACUUCUGCUAAAGACAAUGUUAAUGUGCAAGAAAUGUUUAUGGCUAUAACACGACAAGUAUUAAGAACCAAAAAAGAAAGGAAGGAACGACAAGCUAUACAAACCAGUGAAACAGUCAAUUUAAGGAAAAGCACAAAACAACAUAAAAAGAAGUGUUGUUAACAGCAUUGUAUAAGCAUGCAAUCUGUUGAUAUCAUUUAAUUGAUUAUUAUUGAUAUCAUUUAAUCAGAUAACACAUGAGACAAAAAUAAGCAGAGAGCAUGUGAUAGCGAUAAAAUGAUCAUAUAAUGUAAUACUGACGUUUUUUAAAACUAUUAAGUUUUGUAUUUAUAUUACAACAUCGAAGAUUGUAUUCUCAUAGAAAUAUACUUUGAUGCUAGUAAUGUUCAAUAUACAUAGGAUGCAAAUGUUAUGAGUGUGUAGUGUUUAUUUAGCAAAAAUAACUUUGUAAGUACACACUUUUCUAAAAGCUGCAUUUUGAAUGUGGUAUUAAAAAUAUAAAGGCCUAUUUAUAUUGUACAAUUUAUAAUUUACAAAAUAUCAGCACAAAAAGGAAAAACAAGUGAAAUAUACAUAACUGCUUCUUUUAUUCAUUUUUUUCAUUUUUCAAAAAAAUUAUUUAUAAAAAAAAAUGAUAUAAAGUAGAAGAUAAAGAAAUAUAUUGUACAAAGUUUAAUCUAAAUUUAUUGAAUAAAAUAAAGAAACAUUGUAUGUAUGAGAUUUGGAUGAAUAUGGAUAAAUUUUUCUGGAUAAGUUACCAUAAUGUGAAUUCAAUAUUGUUAAUAUAUAAUAUUUAAUAAAAAUUAAACAAUUAUCUUCAUCAGCAGGUUAAGAAAAUUUUGUGCAUAUUUACUGUACAAAGUUCCUGUAGUUUGAUGAUGCUUUAGAAUGAACUUUAUAAAUCAAAUUUUAAUAAUAAUCAAUAACAUAUUUACGGUAUAACAGAGGCAAGCUUUUUUUAAUUGACAGAAUAUAAUAUGUAAAUUAAAUAUUACAAAUUCAAUGUAAAUAGAAUUGGAAUUUAAAAAAAUUACUCAUUGUGAA